UUGGUACUAUCUCAUUUCGACAAUGCUGCCAAAAAGCAGCCGCCUCGUGCCGGAUGCUGUGACAUCUGUGAUGAGCUUAUCAACCAGGAAAAUAGCGCAAAUGGUGCUUCAGUUACUAGCACGAAAGAUUACGGUGAUGAAGCUCUAAUACUGCUCCGAGCCAUCGAGAUUUUCCAAGGAUCAACCGGUCUCGGCAAAGUGAUUGAUUUUAUUAAAGGGGGACAGCUGGAGAAGAAAUUAUUCGAAAUUCGUACAAAUUUAGCGAUCGAGCUCGACUGUGGUGCACACAUCAUUGCAUCCAAUAAAUGCAUUCAGCAACUCGCAAUGAUUCGGCCAUCGAGCGUGAAAAAUUUGUACAUGAUUGGUGAGAUGACGGAAGAGAGGCAACGCAGAUUUGGCCAAAAACUUGUAGAUGCAAUUGUGGAGUUUUGUGUUGCACAGGAUAUUCCCAUGAACUGUGUGACCGACCCAACGGGUGAUUUGGCCAAGCAGCGUGCUGUUAGUGAAUCAACAAUAGCCGCAUAUUUCGUAAAUUACGUUAAAACUGGCCUACCAGUGCAUUUGGAUGUUGUUGGAAUAAGCAAGAAACAUAUGGAUGUUGUACACAGUACGAUCCGUGAAAACGGUUCAGAUAUCGUACGGCUGAAGCCAAUCAUGGAGAAACUUCCGGAAGGAUUCAUUGACUAUAAUCGACUAAAAAUCAUCUUUGGCAUUUUGGAAUACGAAUACGGCAUUGAGCAAGAUUUGAAAACUAACGAUACCACUAGUAGUACAUCUGCUGCUUCCCCCGGUGAAGCGAAGAAGAGAAGUGUGCCAGAUUGGAUGAAAAACACACAAUCUUCAAUGCAGCGCAAAAAAAUGAAGAAACCGAACUUGUUCAGUUGA